GGAAAUUGAAUUGAUGCACUGACUCAGUGCGUCAGUUUGAUUUGUUGGGUUACGUAUUCCAAAUAAGGCAAUGGAAAUGACUGAUGAUCCUCUAGUUCUAGUUUUCAAAGCCUUGGACACGGAAAAUAAGGGAUAUAUUACUGUGGAGCAAUUCGUAUCAACUUUUAAAGAAUUUUAUAAUUCAUGUGGAGCUGAUGGAGAAAGGCGAUCAUCACUUUCUUCGAACGAUAUCAUGAAAGUAGUGCAGACUUUAGAUCCAGAAAAUGACGGAAUUAUACAUUAUGAAGAUUUUAAGAAGGCUUUUGAGGGAAACAUAAACUUUGAUGAAGACAGUACAUCAAAGCACUCAAAUUCUCUAUCUAGGAAUUCAGAUGGGCAAAACGCAUCUGUAAGGUCGAGCUUCCUUUCAGACGGUUUGGAGAACAAGACUGAUGAUAGUGGUGUGCAUAUGCACGAUCCAACUUUAUUUGAUAUUGACACUGACUCUGCCUUAAGCGCCGAUGGACCAAACAAUUGUAGUACCCGUUUGCAACGGGGUGAGAUUAGAAGCAGUUGGCCAAAGCAUAGGUACAGUUUGGGCUAUCUUGCAAAUCCCUUAUCAAGUCUACAUCAUGGUCCAGAUUCUCCAGCGAGCGCUUCACAAUCGGAUAUAUUACUCGGUGAUAUGGAGUCUAAUUUUGAAUUGAUUCGAGAUCAAAUGCGCCGAAUGGAAGAACGUGUAGAAGGUCUAAAAAUCAACAGAAAUACUGAAAGUGAAACGCGCUUAGAUCGUUUACGUGAAGAGAAUGCUCGUUUAACUGCACAAAUCACUGUUUUAGAAGAACGUCUUAAAGAGGCUGAUGCAAGGUCGAGCCGUGCAUUAGAAGCUGAACGACAGCAUAUGCAAUCAAUUUUGUCACGCUCUUCGCGAGAACAUACUCAAGAAUCAGAAACGUUACGUGCUCGGAUUAUUUCUUUAGAAAGUGAAUGUUCCGAAUUACGUGUUCAGUCAGCUCGUAUCAAAGCAGACAACCAAACGUAUAUUAUUGAUCUUCGAAGAACCAAUGAACAAUUAACUGAAUCACAAGAACAAGCACGUAGUUUUCAAGAAGAAUUAAAAUCAUUAACGACUAAACAUACUAGAGAAAUGGAAGUUCUUCGAAAAGAUCGUGAUCAUGCGGUACAUGUAUUAGAAGAGCUGAAUGGUUCUAUGGGUGGUAAACGAAGAAGUCGAGUCGGUUCAGGUUCGGGUACACUUACAGCAGCCGCAGCUAGCACUGGUUCAACUGAAGUGUUAGCACGUUAUCAAGAGGUUCAAGAAAUUGUUCGUCGACUAACUGCUGAAAAUAAAAUAUUACGACAACAAGUGGAAGAAGCUCAAGAAGAAUUACUUACACAAUCACUUCAACAAGGUCAAAGCUUAAUACGUUCAUCAGAGAAAAGUUGGGCUUCUGAAAUAGAUAAUUGUACUAAAGAAGAGGUUGUCGAAUUAUUAUCCAAAGAGAAAUAUGCAAAUGAACAACUGCGUAAAUAUAUUGACGAUUUAAUUACACGAAUUAUUGAACGACAUCCAUCAUUGUUGGAGAUUGCAAGUGGAGGGGGUGGAUCAUAGAUUCAUGCUGUCUAUGAGUGUUUGCCGGUCCAUCCAACUAACUAACUGAUUUGCUUAUUACUUGGAUAAAACUAUACAUAUACAACUUUGUAAAAGAGAUAUUUUCUAUUUACUUAUAUAUA